UUUCUGGCUGCUCAGUUACCCUCAGGACCGUUUAGUGACAUUAAAACUGUGUCAGACACUUUUUAGUUUGCAGAGUUCACAUCUGGAUCACACCUUGACCCGGUCUGUGCAGGAGCCAUGGACCCGCUGCUGUAUCUCGCCGUCCUGCUCGUCCUGUUCCUGCUGUGGAUCAGAGUCAAAGGUCUGGAUUACGUGAUCGUGCACCAGCGGUGGAUCUUCGUGGUUUUGUUCCUGCUGCCGCUCUCCGUCAUAUUCGACCUGUAUUACUAUGUUCGCGCGUGGCUCAUCUUCAAGAUGUGCUCCGCGCCAAAACUGCACGACCAGCGCGUGCGAGACAUCCAGAGACAGGUGCGGGAGUGGAGAAAGGACGGCAGUAAGACCUACAUGUGUACGGGUCGACCCGGCUGGCUCACUGUGUCGCUCCGAGUGGGAAAAUAUAAGAAAACACACAAGAACAUCAUGAUCAACAUGAUGGACAUCCUGCAGGUGGACACGGAGAGACAGGUGGUGAGAGUGGAGCCGCUGGCCAACAUGGGUCAGCUGACCGCUCUGCUCACGUCUCUGGGCUGGACGCUGCCGGUGCUGCCCGAGCUCGAUGACCUCACUGUGGGUGGCCUGGUGAUGGGGACGGGCAUCGAGUCAUCCUCUCACAUCUACGGCCUGUUUCAGCACAUCUGUGUGGCGUUCGAGCUCGUUCUUGCUGAUGGCAGCUUGGUGCGCUGCACUGAGGAGGAGAACCCGGACCUGUUCCACGCCGUGCCCUGGUCCUGUGGGACUCUGGGGUUCCUGGUUGCAGCUGAGAUUAAAAUCGUCCCGGCUAAACCCUGGGUGAGGCUGCGCUACGAGCCGGUCAGAGGGCUGGAGAACAUCUGCAAACGCUUCACCGAAGCCUCCGAAAACAAGCAGAACACGUUUGUGGAGGGUCUGCAGUACAGCAGGGACGCCGCCGUCAUCAUGACGGGAACCAUGACCGACCACGCUGAGCCCCAUAAGAUUAACAGGAUCGGCCUGCACUUUAAGCCCUGGUUCUUUAAACACGUGGAGGGAUAUUUGAGAGGAGACGCUGCUGGAGAGGAAUACAUCCCUCUGAGACAAUACUACCACAGACACACACGCAGCAUCUUCUGGGAGCUGCAGGACAUUAUUCCCUUUGGAAACAACCCGGUGUUCCGCUGGCUGUUCGGGUGGAUGGUUCCUCCCAAGAUCUCCCUGCUGAAGCUCACGCAGGGCGAGACCAUCAGACGGCUCUACGAGCAGCACCACGUGGUCCAGGACAUGCUGGUCCCCAUGAAGGACCUGCAGGCCGCCAUCACUCGAUUCCACGAGGACAUCGAGGUCUACCCUCUGUGGCUGUGUCCCUUCCUGCUGCCUGCAGGCAGAGGGAUGGUCCACCCCAAAGGUCAGGAAGAGGAGCUGUACGUGGACAUCGGAGCGUACGGAGAGCCCAGAGUCAAACACUUUGAAGCCAAAGCAUCGACGCGUCAGCUGGAGAAGUUUGUCCGAGACGUGCACGGGUUCCAGAUGUUGUAUGCAGACGUAUACAUGGACCGAGAGGAGUUCUGGGAGAUGUUUGACGGACAGUUGUAUCACCGGCUGAGAGAAGAGCUCGGCUGUAAGGACGCCUUCCCCGAGGUCUACGACAAGAUCUGUAAAUCUGCCCGACACUGACCCCCCGGGGCCUCGGCCCGCUGCUGGGGGUCGGGAUGUUCCAACAACCACAAAAAACUGUUUCACAUAUAUAUACAGCUCAGAAUUAUUUGGAAGUCAGCUUUGCACACACUCCUUCAAAAUGUAGUGUGUGUUAUUUUGUGUCUUACUGUGAAGCAGAAUCAGGUCCUGCAGUGCUUUUGAGUCAUGAAUGUAUAAUGUGGUGCUUUUUGAGAGCAAAUGUUUUAAAUUUUCCUUUUUUUUAUGUGUAUGUUCCAGCCUGUUUAACCACCUUAUCUUGUGUUUAUUUUGAAAAUCUCUGCACAACCUUUAUUAACAGGGCAGCCUUACCUACCAGUGCCAUACACCUUGAAAACAUUAACUUAUUGGUGUCAUACACAUGUUUUAAAAUAAAUAUAUUUUGUUAUAAAUAUAUCAAAAAAGGAGCCAAACAAACUGUCUUGUAACGUAAAGGCUGCUACCUAUUUUGAUAUAAAACAAACAUCUGAUCACCAGCAUUGUGUAAGCCAAUAAUAAUGAUCAUUUUUCUGCAGUUAAUAUCAUUCUGAUGCUUUUUAAAAUUAUUUUCUGAAGCUGUUGGGGGAAUACCACACUGCACUACAGGAUAAAGGGGAUUUAUCUGAAUAACAGCACAGUGCACAGCUAAUCUGUUUUGUUUUUUCUGUAUCCUUUAAAUUGGUGUUUACAAAUAAAUUCGUCAAGAAA